ACUAGUAUUUCAUAACCUACAACCGGAGGAAGAUCACGUUUUACGAACCCGGCUAGAAUCUUCGAGAAAUAAGGUUUGCAGCAGUUUGGACCUUAAUUGAAAUACUGCUAAUAUCAAAACAAUUUUUAAAAAUGUUGCGUCUACCUCGUGUUGUUCGUCAAACUGUUUCUCUCCAUAAAUCAUAUCAACUUUCAAGAUUUUAUGCUAAAGAUGUGAGGUUUGGCGCUGAUGUAAGAGCUCUCAUGCUGCAGGGCGUUGACAUCCUAGCUGAUGCCGUAGCCGUUACAAUGGGUCCAAAAGGUAGAAACGUUAUUUUGGAACAAUCUUGGGGGUCCCCGAAGAUCACAAAAGACGGCGUAACAGUUGCCAAAGGUGUUGAACUCAAGGAUAAGUUCCAGAACAUCGGUGCUAAGUUAGUACAAAACGUAGCUAAUAAUACCAACGAGGAGGCGGGAGACGGAACUACCACUGCCACAGUACUGGCACGAGCAAUCGCGAAGGAGGGCUUCGAAAAAAUAUCAAAGGGUGCUAACCCGAUUGAGAUAAGAAGAGGCGUGAUGCUCGCCGUAGAUGCCGUUAAAGAGAAACUUAAAGGAAUGUCGAAACCCGUUACAACACCCGAAGAAAUCGCACAAGUAGCUACCAUAUCUGCUAACGGGGACACGGCAAUCGGCAAGCUCAUUGCUGAUGCAAUGAAGAAGGUAGGUAGGGAUGGAGUAAUCACAGUGAAAGAUGGAAAAACCCUCACUGACGAGCUUGAAAUCAUUGAGGGUAUGAAAUUUGAUAGAGGUUACAUUUCACCAUACUUCAUUAAUUCUUCUAAAGGCGCCAAAGUCGAAUUCCAGGAUGCCCUGGUACUCUUCUCUGAGAAAAAAAUUAGCAAUGUUCAAACGAUCAUUCCAGCAUUAGAAAUGGCUAAUCAACAGAGGAAGCCUCUGAUCAUAGUAGCUGAAGAUGUAGACGGAGAGGCACUGUCCACUUUGGUUGUUAAUAGAUUGAAAAUCGGUUUGCAAGUAGCUGCAGUGAAAGCCCCAGGCUUCGGAGAUAACCGCAAGUCCACCCUCAGUGAUAUGGCUAUUGCUACUGGUGGUGUUGUAUUUGGUGACGAUGCGAAUCUCAUCAAAAUUGAAGAUGUCCAACCAUCAGACUUAGGUCAAGUAGGUGAAGUGAUAAUUACUAAAGAUGACACUCUGCUAUUGAAGGGCAAGGGUAAGAAAUCAGACAUUGACAGGCGUGCUGAACAGAUUAGAGACCAAAUUCAGGAGACAAACUCUGAAUAUGAAAAAGAAAAAUUGCAAGAACGUCUGGCUAGACUAGCAUCAGGUGUGGCAGUCUUACAUGUUGGUGGUUCAAGUGAAGUCGAGGUUAAUGAGAAAAAAGACAGAGUUAAUGAUGCCCUUAAUGCUACUAGAGCUGCAGUUGAGGAAGGUAUUGUACCUGGAGGUGGUUCUGCACUCUUGAGAUGUAUUCCAGUAUUAGAACAACUCAAAACAGUCAACAGUGAUCAGGCCACUGGUGUAGAGAUUGUAAUGAAAGCUCUGAGGAUGCCAUGCAUGACAAUAGCAAAAAAUGCAGGCAUUGAUGGUUCUGUUGUUGUUGCCAAGGUGGAAGACCUUGGAGAUGAAUUUGGGUAUGAUGCCCUCAACAAUGAAUAUGUAAACAUGAUUGAAAAGGGCAUCAUUGACCCCACAAAGGUGGUGCGGACAGCCCUGACCGAUGCCAGUGGUGUUGCAUCACUGCUUACUACUGCCGAAGCUGUGAUCUGUGAAAUUCCACAAGAAAAAGAGCCUAACCCCAUGGGUGGUAUGGGAGGUAUGGGUGGAAUGGGUGGUAUGGGAGGCAUGAUGUGAUCUUCAUAAAGUGGACAUCUUGAAUGCAUUUAUGAAUACAAACUGUUACAAAUGUACAUGGGUAUUUACUAUUCUUUAGUGGUCUGAAUUGAAUUGCAAAUGCAGUGAAUGAAAGUAUUUUGUUUAGUGUAUGUUUGAGCAUAGGAGGCAGUCUGUCUUGUUAGAAUUAUUUAGUUAUUAUAGUUUGCCUGCAGUUAGAGCGAACAGUGUUAUUUUUAAAAUAAAUAUAAUGUUUUUA